UCCGUGGUGAUAUUUUGCAAAUACAAAAAUGUAAAAUGCAAUGAAACAACAGGAAAUGCAGAUCCGUCCGAGGAACUGCGGGGAUCGGGUAUUUAAAAAAUGAGAAUUAAAAGAGGGUUUUUGUUUUUUUUUGCAUUACCAUCGCUCAUCAUUUCUGGAUCUGUAGUAAAUUGGAAGAGGAGCAGGCGCUGAGGAGCUUUGCAGCACCAGUGAACAGAUUUCAGUUGCAGCCGCGCCGUGCUGGAAGGUAGCUGGGAGUUUGGCUUCAGAGGCAAGAACGUAGUCAGAGCUCCUUCCAGUUCACAAGCUGGGAUAUUGCUGGAGCGCGAUCGCAUUCAAGUGCGCACUCGAAGAAUGGAAAAUGCAAACAGAGGCACAAAAUGGUGUUCCUUGCUCUUGUGGAUUAUAUACCUCUUGCUCCUGACAGAAGCGAAGAAAGCGGUGAAGUGCCCCGCGGGAUGCACUUGUUCUAAGGACAAUGCUUUGUGUGAAAAUAGAAAAUCCAUUCCCCACAGUUUCCCGCCUGGCGUAGUUUCCUUAUCAUUUGUGAAGUCUGGUUUCAGCGAAAUCCCAGAAGGCAGCUUCUUACUCCUGCCGUCUCUGCAGCUUCUCUUGUUCACUUCCAACUCCUUUGAUACUGUUGGCGAUGAUGCCUUUCUUGCUCUCUCUCAGCUUGAGUAUCUGUUUGUGGAAAACAAUAAAAUCCAGUCCAUCUCCAGGUAUGCUUUUCGAGGACUUAAAUCCCUUAUACACCUGAGCUUGGCAAAUAACAACCUUCAAACACUUCCAAACGAUGUAUUCAAAGGGCUGGAUGCUCUGACCAAUGUAGAUCUUAGAGGGAAUUCUUUUCACUGUGGCUGCAAACUGAAGUGGCUGGUGGAAUGGUUAAGCAGUACAAAUGCAACGGUUGAUCAGAUCUACUGUGCCAGUCCGGUGGAGUAUCAGGGUCGUAAAAUUAAUAACCUUUCCCUGAAGGAGUUUGACUGCAUAACUACAGAGUUUGCCGUGGAUCAAACCCUGGAGUUCCAGUCUCUUUCCAUCGAAGCCUUCACUUUCCUGAAUGAUGCCAAUGUCGUCAUCGCUCAGCCUGUUGUGGGAAGGUGCAGUUUCUUUGAAUGGGAUCACGUGGAGAUGGUUUUCAGAAACUAUGACAACAUUAUCGGCAGUUCCACCGUGUUCUGCAAGCCACUGAUCAUUGAAGACCAGCUGUUCAUUGUUAUGGCCCAAUUAUUUGGUGGCUCCCACAUCUACAAAAGGGACAGCUUUGCCAACAAGUUCAUCAAGAUGCAAGAUGUGGACAACAUUAAAAUCAGGAAACCGAAUGACAUUGAGACAUUUGAAAUAGAAGGGGAAUGGUACUUUGUUAUUGCAGACACCUCAAAGGCUGGGUCAACCACUGUGUAUAAGUGGAACGGGAAUGGAUUCUACUCUCAUCAGAGUCUACACUCGUGGUUCAGAGACACAGAUGUGGAGUACCUGGAAAUAGCAAAUAAGCCACACUUAAUCUUGUCGAGUAGCUCCCAGCGUCCCGUCAUCUUCCAGUGGAGCAAAGGCCAGAAGCAGUUUGUGUGGCGCACUGAUAUUCCUGAAAUGGAGGAUGUGUACGCAGUAAAACACUUUGUGACCAAGGAUGAUCUCUACAUUUGCCUUACCAGGUUCAUAGGAGACUCCAAGGUGAUGAAAUGGGAGACCUCAAGGUUUGUGGAAAAGCAGACCUUUCCCUCCCGCGGUGCCAUGGUCUUCCAGCCUCUUCGAAUAAACGGAUGGCAGUAUGCCAUUCUUGGGAGCGAUUACUCCUUCACCCAAGUCUAUCGCUGGGAAACCAAGAAAAAUAAAUUUGUCAAAUUCCAGGAACUAAACAUCCAGGCCCCACGUUCGUUCACGUUUGUAUUGACAGACAAUCGCGAGUUCAUGUUCAGCUCAAGUUUCAAAGGAAAUACACAAAUAUAUAAACAUGUCAUUGUUGACUUAAGCACAAUAUGAAAAAACACUCAAAUGUAUUUAAAGAUUAUUAAAAUGACAUCGUAAAAUUAGCUUUGGGUAAUAAUAUGUACAUGGACGUGACGAUGCAUGAUUUAUCAUUGUUCUGCGAUGAAUGACAUCAGGUUCUGAUCUCCUGGGAAAACUAUUUCUAUUCCCCGUGUUCACUCUCCCCAUUUUGAUCACUUUAGACAUACUGGUUUCUCAACUCUAUGAUAUGGUAAGCAAUGAACUCCUGUAUUUUGGUGACACAAGCUGUAAAUAUCAAUCAUAUCUGUUCUUACAACAAAUAUUGAGAUGUACAUUUUCAUUUAUUUAUUCUACUGAAUGAACAAUCUUCCAAAUAAAACCUUUACAUUUUU